AUGAUAAAUAAGAAAAAGAAAUUAGAUAAAUACCUUAGAAUUAAAUUUGUACUUGACUGCGCUAAAGGAAUUCAAUAUCUUCAUACUAAUGGUAUUAUGCAUAGGGAUAUUAAGACUGAUAAUGUAUUAGUUUUUUCAGUUGAUAAAGGUAUUCCAGUUAAUGCUAAGUUAACAGACUUUGGAUCUUCAAGAAAUGUUAAUAUGAUGAGGAGUAAUAUGACAUUUACAAAGGGUAUUGGAACACCAAUGUAUAUGGCACCAGAAGUUCUUGACCAAUCAAAAUAUUCUGAAAAAGCUGAUGUAUUUUCAUUUGCUAUCGUAAUGUAUGAAACCUUUAUUUGGGGUGCACCAUAUCCUAAAGACAUUUUCCCAUUUCCAUGGAAUAUUGCAGAAUUUAUUUCUCAGGGGAAUAGAAGGUCUCAGACAAAAGAUAUGCCUGAUUGGUAUUUCAAAAUUGUAAGUAUGGGGUGGGACCAACAACCAUUGAAUAGACCAAAGAUUGAUAAAGUCGUUGAAAUGAUUGAACAAAAUUACAGUGAAAAACUUCAAUAA